GUGUAGAGAACACGUGUGUGAUAGUGGCUCCCAGUUUUCAGCAUGACCAAGGUGAAGAAAGAGAAGCGGCGGGAUGACGAGGAAGAAGCGGAAACUGCACCGGAGCAGACACAUGAAGAGACACCGACCGUACUCAACCCCAUCGCCCAGCCGCUCGCAGGACGGAAACUUACCAAGAGACUGUACAAGUGUAUCAAGAAAGCCAUCAAGCAUAAGAAUAUUCGGAGGGGUGUAAAAGAGGUGCAGAAGUUCAUCAAUAAAGGAGAAAAAGGAAUCGUCGUGCUUGCUGGAGACACCCUUCCCAUUGAAGUUUAUUGCCAUGUGCCUGUCAUGUGUGAGGAUCGUGGAAUUCCAUAUGCAUACAUCCCAUCCAAAUCUGACUUGGGUGCAGCAGCUGGCUCCAAGCGGCCUACCUGUGUUAUAUUGAUCAAGCCAAACAGUGAAUACGAAGACUCGUACAAUGAAUGUAUGGAAGAAGUGCAAGCAUUACCAUUACCAUAUUGAUUGAGAACUUUUUGGAGGAAUAAUGAAAAUAAUUCAAUUAUUUUGCUUUUAUUUUGAAUUGUACAGUUAGAUUUUUCUUGUUUUUGCCAGAUGGGGCAUUUUAGGUAUUUUUGUAUACUUCUGUAUUUUGUCUAAGUUGACUGGUUUGUGUGUAAUACAUACAUUGUAAUGGACGCGAACCUUCGUUGACUGCAACAAAUUAAACUGCCCACUGUGUAUGGGGCUAAACACAC